AUGGCGUCAGUGGACAGCAUUGGUUCGAGUGUCUCUGGACGGCUGAGAUCAGGGGAUGUACUUCAUGCUGGUCUGGCACUUGCUCUGCUGCUCGGUGUAUGGAGUGUUGGUGGACUGGAGGUGUCCACAGGGAAAGUGAACUCAAUUGAAGCAUUGAAUGGCUCCACAGUCCUGCUACCUUGCACGUACAGCUCCUGUAUUGGCAUUAAAAACCUUUACUUCAACUGGCACUAUAAUGACAAUGGAACCAUGAUCAAGUUGUGCGAGGCAGUGAUUCCCAUUGAAGGCGUGGAGCCCAAGGUCAGUGUGUACCAUGAACGUGUGGAUUUUGUUGGCUCCUCAAAGAGAAACAACAUCUCCAUCCUGCUAUGGAACAUCACCUUUGAAGAUGAGGGAGAAUACAUCUGCUUUGCCAGAAACCCAAAAGAGAAGAGCCGCAACCACAGUGCUAUAUACACUCUUAUAGUGGUGGACGAAUUGAAAGAGGUUGACAAUACUUUGACAACCAUCAUUGUCUCAGUGCUGGGUGGAGUCAUUGGCUCGGUUAUCUUUAUCAUGGUGAUAAAGGCCUUGGUGGUUCACUUCCUGCUGAAGGAUGAUGAGAAGAAUAAAGAGUGCCUGGUGAGCUCCUCAGGGAAUGACAAUACAGAAAAUGGACUUUCAGGAGCCAAAGCUGACAACAAAGGGACACCAAAGGCAUGAGGAAGAUGCAAAGUAUGUCUGUAUGUUUGUAUAUAUGUUAAACAAAUGUACACGUUCAGAGAAAAUGCUGUUAUCGAUGAACUGUUUUAUCUUACU